AUGGCAGUCUCACAAUCGCCUGUCCAGGCAAAUGGCCAUGCUUUGUCGCCAUCGCCAUCUACAUCACCGGAUCAAUUGAGCCCCGCAAUCGACCCCCCGCGAACCGAUGUCUUCAAUGCCAGCUCCGUGGCGGAGAUCAAAGCCGCGCUAUCCCGUUUACACAGCCAAGAAGCCUCCGUGACAGCAAGACUAGAUGCCCUAGUGACGUCGCAAAAGGAUUUGUCUCGGGAACUGGGCCGACUGGAUUUGAUGCGCGCGCACAUCGGAACCCAAACGAGCACAACCCGAUCGAUCAGCCAUGGCAUGCUCUCCGAAGCCGCAAGUACGGCCGAGCGCAUCUCCAGCGCCGUGCGACGACUGGAUCUAGAGCAGGCGAGAGUCAAGGCUACAUUGGAGGUCGUGGAGCAGGUCGCUGAGCUCAAGGCGUGUGCAUUGGGCGUGGCAGGGUCAAUGGGUGCUUCGCAGGAUUGGGAGACGGCUGCUAGCUAUCUACACCGGGCGGCACAGGUUCCUGCGUCAGUUGUCAAUGGAGCCUUUGCUGCAGAAAUGGUCCCAACUGCGGAGGUGCCCGACCCGCCAAGCGUCACUCUGGACAAUGCGGCGGAAUCGCUGUGUGGACUGUUCCUCCGCGAAUUCGACAAGGCCGUCAAGGAGAGUGACGGGGCGAAGAUUACACGCUUCUUCAAGCUGUUCCCACUCAUCGGCCGCUCCGAGGUUGGUCUGGAUGUCUAUGGUCGCUACGUCUGUCAGGGCGUGGCGGCGCGAGCACGCAGCAAUCUCAAUGCCGAUUACGGAUCUCAAGCUAAAGAUGGCUUCUUCUAUGCAAAUGCAUUGACUAAGCUCUUUGAACAUAUAGCCCAGAUUAUCGAUGGGCAUGGUGGACUGGUGGAGCGUCACUAUGGUCCUCGGAAGAUGGGUCGAGUUAUUGAGCGACUCCAGGUUGAAGCGGAUGUGCAGGGUGGCAUCAUCCUCGAUACCUGGAGUGAUGAACGACAUGUGGAUCGCAAGCUGAUGGAUAUCAAGUCUUAUGCAUUUACAUUCUUGGUGCAGAGCUUCCUCCCGGCACAGAGGGCAGGUCAUCCGCCUGCUGCAGGUGUAGCUGCGCCGACCGAGGACGAAGGCGUGGAUAUGAAGGAGAUUGACGGGAUUUUGAACGAGAUGGCCAUUAUGCUGGGCCGCUGGUCUCUCUACUGUCGAUUCUUGGCGGAUACAUGCAAUGCCCCGGGUGACGAUCAAACCGAGCAAGAUGAUAACCAAAGAUUCGCACUGCCUGGUUUCCUGCAGGAGUCUUCUCUGGCACGCAAGGUCAAUGACAAACUCGUCUCUCCAUUCAAUGCCAUGACAACCUUCUUCUUCCGCCGCUCUGUCGAAAAGGCCUUCCAACUCGACGAGUCACCGUCCGGUCUGACAUUGAACCUUCAACGUCCACUCAAGGCAGACCCGCCUCAUAUCACCUCGGCCGUUGACGACAUCAUGUAUAUUGUCAACAAAGUACUGCAACAAUCACUCGCAACCUCCCAAGAAGCCGUCGUCACGAACGUCGUCCCAACGCUCUCCCGCGUCCUGGGCUCCGACUUUAUCGGCAUGACACAACGCAAAAUGCGAGACGAGUGCUACCCACGCGCACCAGUCCAAGGCGGCCAACCCCCAGAACAAACCAUCAUCGCCUUCCUCGUUCAAAUCAACAACCUCGAUCUCGGCGUCGACUAUAUCCGACGAAUUGUGCAAAACAACACGGGCUCUAAACAACCUCUCCCAUCCACGGACAGUACACCCGAUCAAUCAACACUGGUAACGGAGCACCUAAGCACCCUCUUCCCAGCACCAUCCUCCGCUCUCCGCGUCACCCAAACCCUCCACUCCCUAGCAACGUCCUUCGAAGCCAAGGUCGCCGACCUCCUCUCAGACGGUAUCCAAGUCGUCUUCAACAACGUGAUAAAACACCGUCUCCGCCCACUCCUCGCUGACGUCUUCCGCGACAUCGAGUAUCACCCCUCCGACACCUCAGACCCAACACCACACGACGACUACAACCCCGCAGACGGCAGCAAGGAACUCGUCCGCCCCCGCUUCGCCUCUGGCUGGACAGAGCUCCUCCUCCCGCUAGCACGCAUCCUCACCGCCCCCGCCUUCGACCGCCUCCUCACCGUGACGGUAGCCUAUUUCGCGCGGCUGCUUGAAAAGCGUCUCUGGUCGUACCAGGGCCGGAUUAACGCGCUGGGCGCGACACGGUUAGAGCGCGAUGUCGCGGGUAUUGUUAAUGCGGCUGCGGACGUGGGGUAUGGGGCUGGUGCGGGGGCGCCGGGUCGGUAUAGACAUCGGGAGGCGUUUGCGAGGUGUGUGCAGAUGACGCUUGUUAUGGGGAUGGAUGAGGAUGAGUGGGAUGAGGUUUUGAGGGGUGGGGGAGGCUGGGGAGGUUGUUGA